UUUUUGAAAAUUUUCUAUUAAGGUUUUAAGGGUAAAAACACACACUCGCGCAUAAGAGCGGGACCGCGGAAAAUGUCGGCCUCUUUUUCCCCUUCUUUACGCAGCCUAAUCCACACGCCACCGCACCGGAACUCUAGACAGAAUUCGAACCCGAACCGUUUUACAAUCCACUACUCUCACAAACCAUCCAUACAACUCUCAGUAAACAGGUCGCCGGCGGGAGACAUCAUACGGCAAAUCACUAUUUCCUCCGUUCUCUUCGUGGGCCUGAGCCUAAACGGAUUUUGGGCUUCCCUGCCCUCAGCUUCGGCCCGCAUUCCUCCUUCCACCUCUCCGUCCUCCGUGGCCAAGCUUCAAGACCAGCAAGAAACUCAUGACAGUGAUGGCGUGGGGAAAUCUGGAAAUGCGGAGGACUUUGAAGAUGAGGAAAAGAAAGCGGCAUUUGAGCAGUGGAAAUCUAAAACAUAUGCUUUGACAGUGCCUUUAACGAUUGUGGCUUUGCAAAAUUCACUACCUCCUUUAUGGCUCAAGGAGUUCUUGCAAUCACAAGGAAAGAGAGUGAAGUUACGUCCACAGUUUCGACGAAGCCUGGAUAACAUCUUUUAUGAACUUUCUAAUCCAUUCAACAAAGGGAAAGUUAAUCCUAAAUCUGCUGCGGCAGCAGAUGCCAUUACUCUUGGUGAUUCAUGGUUAAGUUUGGCCAUCAACAAGGGUUUGAUUGAGCCCAUUGAAGGAGCAGAAGAUCAAGACUGGUUUCAAGGCUUAAGUGACAAAUGGAAGGUAUAUCUACGCAGGAGCUGUGAGGGAAAGUUAGAUUCUCAAGGUAGAAUAUGGGCUGCGCCGUAUCGUUGGGGGAGCAUGGUGAUAGCUUACAACAAAAAGGAAUUCCGAAAGCAUAAUCUGGCUCCUAUCGAGGACUGGGCAGAUUUAUGGCGGCCUGAACUUGCUGGGAAAAUUUCAAUGGUUGAUUCACCACGAGAGAUUGUUGGUGCAGUGUUGAAGUGCAUGGGAGCAUCAUAUAAUACAAUCAACAUUGACUUGCAAGUUGUUGGUGGGAAACACGCUGUGCUGCAGAAGCUUGCAUUACUUGUUCAACAGGUUCGGCUAUUUGAUAGUCUGCACUAUCUUAAAGCCUUUGGAGUAGGAGAUGUAUGGGUAGCUGUUGGAUGGAGUAGCGAUGUUCUUCCAGCAGCUAAAAGGAUGUCAAAUGUUGCAGUGAUUGUUCCCAGGUCUGGCGCUAGCUUAUGGGCAGACUUGUGGGCAGUACCAGCUGCCUCAAGACUUACUACUGAUCAAAUUGGGGGACGAGUCAGAGGACCAUCUCCACCCUUGUAUCAGUGGAUAGAGUUCUGUUUACAACCCGAAAGAGCAUUGCCUUUCAAGAAAGAUGCAAUUGUAGGUGCAUCGCCAAUUACCCUGGAAGCACCAUUUAAAGAGCAGAAAGAGGUUAGUAAGGGUAGACCAAAGCUGGACACAAACCUCGUUGCUAAUGUGCCACCUGCUGAAAUUCUUGCUCGGUGUGAACUCUUGGAACCAUUAUCUGAUUAUGCACUAUUUGAGUAUCAGUGGCUACUAGGUAGUUUACCGAAAUCUAAUCAUAACACAUCGAGCUGGCUAAGGAAGUAUUUCUCUUUGGUGGCUCCAAUCUUUUGGCCCAAAAGACAGCCAAAAGUUGAAUGAAUUGGGUAAAAACACUGAUUUUUUCACAAUUCUGUCAAAGUAUAUGAUAUGAUAGCCUGUAUGAGAAUUGAUUGCUGUCAAGGCAUUUCAGACGAGAUAAUUCCUCAGAAUCAUCAAAAUGUCUUUGAUUCACCAAGUGGAGCUAAUGAAUUGGAAAGUGUCAAUCCAUCUUCUGAUGAACCAGAGUUGCAGGAUGUCAAGUGAGGAAGAUUUUGGCAAUAGUAACAUUACUGGUCUAAGUUGAAGCCACGAGUAAAUUUGUUGAAAUUUUCUGUGUUCAGUACAUAUUUUGGCAUUUAUUUAUUUUAUGAAUCUGUCUUUCUUGCGUUGCAAACUUGUUCUCUUGGUUGGCUGCUUUUACGACCAUUCGACAGAUUGCACUUCCACUUCUACUGGUCGAACAGUGGAGGUUU